AUGAGAUUGACUUUGAAAUUGGUUACGUUCAAUAUUGGGAGGCUGUGUGAACUGGGAUGCACUAUGCCGUAUCAAGGUAAUCAGCCGGGACCCAGUUCAAGAGGUGGAGGCAGACUUCGAGGUCUUCGAGGUGGAAGGCGUUAUAUCCCAUACUCAGGUCAUCACUGUCGACCACGCGGUGCGAAAUUAUCUUCAUAUCAUAGCACGGAGGAGUGUAAUCAAUCCUCCUCGGAUGACUCAACACAGGCCCCAAGUCCCCCACCAUGCGUUAUGCCAACUCACGCGGUACAAUAUAUUCAAGAACCCCAACCAAAUACUGCUGGGGAACAAUCACCUACUGGAGAACAAACUGCUGCAGAUGCCCCAAUGGAGACCGAAGGAACGCAAGAACAGAGGAGACGAACUCGUGGGCCAUCUAGAUGCAUUUUCUUUGACAAGCUAAGGAAGAACGGGAAAGUGCAGUUGAAGAUAAACGAUGGUGAGACAGCCCCAUGUUGUGAACACGCUUCUAUGUUCACAACACGAGUAUCGUGGAUUGUGAAACAAUACUGUGACAUGAGUUACAAGCGUUGGUCGGAUGUCCCACCAGCGAUUAAAGAGGAGCUCAUUGACCGUGUUCGGAGUGACUUUGUGUUGGACUGGGAUCGCGAAAACCACCGAUUGAGCGUGACAAAGGCCUUACAUUUAUGA